AUGGCAACAAAUCCGAGCAGCCGAGUGCGCAUGGCUGGCACCACGUGCAUUCACUAUCUUGGCCCCCAGAGGGAACUGGACGCGAUAGAGUCGUUCACGGAGCUGGGCUGCCUCCUGCCCGCGCACCACAUCCGUAUCGUCUUCGUCGGCCCGGACGUUCCCCACGCGUUGGACGGCGCUUCCCUGCUGCGCCCCUCCCCGCGCGUGCCCCUCUGCGGCAACGUCGCCUGCAGCUGCGCGGCUACUGCCCGCGAGCCAGUCUCGGACGGCACGAGCCGGUCGCGCACUCCAGCCGCCUCAAGCGUCGACGAGGCGGGCAUCGGGGAUCGCGACGCGUUCCCGGGGUGGGCCGGAUCGCAAGGCAGCCUGCGAAUGGAUUUUCAUCGCGGCUUGUAUCACGAUUGGAUCGGCGGGCUCGCCGAGGAGGGGGCCGAGCAAAGGGCGCCGGACCUCGUCUUCGCCGCCAACGCCGGCCUGGAGGCCUACGCCGGCUGGCGCCCGUCCCUGGAGCGCCUGGAGGCCGGUGUGCCGCUCGUUGUGACGGACUACUGCGAGGAGGCGGCGGCGAGGGCGGGCGUCGUGCUGGGGGCCUUGGGCCUAAGGGUUCGGAGCGUAGGGCUGAACCCAUUUCGGCAGCCCGUGAGGGACCGGAGGGCUGGGAACAAUCUGCCCAGCUGCAGCAACGGUUUCGUGCUCGUGGCGGAGAGGGCGGGCUCGAGGCGCGGGGGCCAUGCUUCGUGGGAUGGUUGUGUAAGGUCGUCGUGA